UAAAGCCCUGUUUCAUUUUUCACAAAACCUAAAUCCGUAGUUUCGUAAAUGUGCUUUAAGUGUUUCGAAAAAAUAAUGAAAUAUUUUGUAUUCUAACAAAAUUUAUUCUACAUAGUUCCUUCCCAGAGUGUGCAUUACUUAAAAUACCCGUUGAUAGUUAUUUCCAGUUUUCGAUUUACUCGGAAUAACCAUUUGAAUAUUGUUGUCAUACGACAACGUGUGUUGGAGCCAUGCGUUUUUAAUACAACAUGGUGGGUGCCCAUAUUGAACAUUUUGUUUCGAUUAUUUUCUGUUAAAGUUUAAUACGUGAAUAACCCAGUGAAAUUAAACAAAUACAAUGUCGAGCCAAGUGAUCGAAAACAAGCUUCCGGUAAAUCAACCUUCCAACGAGAAACUUGAGGUUGGUGGAAAUUCAUCGUAUGCCGACGUUCUUCUAAAUUUAAAAGUAGCAAACAACAGUAACAACAAGGAAAACAUUUCGAAAGAAACCAAUCAAAAUGUGCAAGUGCAAGAGUCUCCAAUUGUUCCUGAAAGGUCAUUUGAUGAGGAGGAAGAAUCCUUCACACCUGUCAUAAGCCACAGCCGUAAGGAAAGGAAGCAUGAGAAGAAGCGAAGGGAGAGAGAUCACAAAGUUAAGGAAGAUAAAGAGAAACGAAGUGAAAAUUCUACUGGGUCAACUUCCAAGGAUGCAAUGAAUGCAGAUCCAAGUGCUAAGAAGGAGAAUGUAGCUGAGGACAAAAAAGUUUUUGUUGAAGCACCAUUGCCCAAGACAAACCCUUGGCAGCAAGCAAAGAGUGUAAACAAUAAGUCGGAUGAAAAGAGAGUGCUGCAACCUCAAAAUCAAGAAAAUGAGAAGGCACAAAUACAGCCUCAACCUCAACCUCAGCUUCAACCUCAACCUGAGCUUCAACCUCCGCCUCAACCUCAGCCUCAACCUGCUCCAGUGAAACCUGAGAAGAAGAAACCAGCUGCUAAGCCUGCUAAUUUACCAGAUAUACAUAAUUGGCCAACUCUGGGUGAUCAGACAAUUGAGCAACGUAAAGUUAAUGGGGGGACUGUUAACAUAAAUGAACGAGAAAAUGAAUUAAUUACUGAUAAGAAGUUGUCAAGCAAGUCUAACAAACACAAAUGGGUGCCUUUGGAUAUUGAUGUUAGUAAAAGGGGUGGCAGUAACCGUAGACAUGCUUCUCCAAGAUAUAGGCACGAUGCUGCUGGAGACGUCCAAUCGACUGUUAGCGAGAACGAUCGCGAUUGGAAAGCGGAAAUGCGCGAUUCGAAUGGUCGUGGUGGUAGGCAGAACAGGCCAAUGUCUGCAGCUCCUAGAGGCAGGGGACGCAACAGAAUUCCUCGUCGCUCCAAUUUCCGCAAUUCCAACAGAGGCACCAAUAGUUCUGAAUUUUCUGAUCUGAAAGCGGGCUAUUCUUUAACAAAAAUUGAUUCAAACGGAUUCGUUGUACCGUACAUGGGGACUUUCUACUAUAAUUCUGAAAAUUAUGUGAACCUUGACUCGCCCACGGUUAAGGAUUAUAUUAAGAAACAAAUAGAAUAUUAUUUCAGUGAAGACAAUUUGCAGCGCGAUUUCUUUUUACGUAGAAAAAUGGACAAGAACGGAUACUUACCCAUUACUUUAAUUGCUUCAUUUCAUCGUGUGCAAUCGUUAACUAUGGAUUUGUCAUUGGUCGUUGAAGCUAUUACCAACUCCGACAAACUCGAGCUAUUUUCUGGAUUUAAGGUGCGCACUAAGGAUGAGCCAGAGAGGUGGCCAAUUCUUGAGCAAACUGCUGGGGUUAGUCUAGAAAUGGAAAGCAUUCCUAUUCAACAUAUACCUCCACCACCAAUGCCAACACCAUUUAGACCGUUCAAGGAUACCCAAGGCGAUUUGAACAAUUUAAACCCAAAUGUAGCGGAGUUUAUACCCGUACCUCAGGAAAAUAAGAAAAUUGUUAUGCAAAAGAAAAAUGAUAUUGAAAAUAACUGGAGAGAAGUGAAGCGUAAAACUAAGGAUCCUAAAAGCAAGAAGGAAGCCAAAGAGAAGGAUAAUGCUUUUGAACGGGAAGAGUUAGAGUUUCACUUCGAUGAAGAGUUGGACCAAGUGCCUACAGGUCGUCAAAACCUUUUUACUACAGAUUGGCCCGAAGAUGAUUCCGAUGAGUUGAGCGACAGAGACGUGAACAAAUUACUCAUUGUUACCCAAGCGCUUCCCGGUAGAGCUCCCAAGCACGAUCGUACAGGUGAUUGGACAACCAGAGUUAAGAUGACCCAGGAGUUGGAGCAGGCUAUUAACGAUGGCUUGUACUAUUACGAGGAAGAUUUGUGGGUGGACGAUGAAUAUGACCGUCCUAUUUCCGGAAGCUAUAAGACUGUCAAUAUCAUAAGCCAAGAAGAUUUCCGUAAAAUAGCUCCGCCAGCGCCUAAAAAGAAAAAUCCGGAAGUACCACCCCCACCACCACCAGUUUCCUCCGUUCAUAACUCGAGGUAUUCCAUGUCUAGAUCCAGACAGGGCACACAUCACAGAAAUGUCCCGAGAUUCUAUGCCGUGGUUAAAGAUGAAACCCCAGAUCCUCGUACUCCUCGCAAACGCAAAACCCGCCAUUCUAGCAAUCCUCCUGUUGAGUAUCACGUUGGAUGGAUUAUGGAUGUGAAGGAGCAUAGGGUGAGGACGUCCAGUGCUGGCAGCAGCAUAGGUACCAGUCCGAGUGAACAGAAUUUGUCUUCGAGCUACGGUUCUGUUCCACAAGCUUUACCCUCGUUUCAACAUCCAUCCCAUUCUCUUCUGAAGGAUAAUAACUUCACGCAACAGGCUUAUCAUAAAUACAGACACAGGUGCUUGAAGGAACGCAAGCGCUGGGGCGGCGGACAUUCCAGCGAAAUGAACACCCUUUUCCGUUUUUGGUCCUUUUUCCUUAGAGAAAAUUUCAAUAGGUCUAUGUAUAACGAGUUUAAAACGAUUGCCCUGGAAGAUGCUGAAAUCGGCUACAGAUACGGUCUUGAGUGCCUUUUUAGAUUUUAUUCAUAUGGUUUAGAAGUGAAGUUUAGACCGCAGUUGUACGAUGAUUUCCAGGAGGAAACAGUGAAGGACUUCGAGAAUAAUCAGCUGUACGGACUCGAGAAGUUCUGGGCUUUCAUUAAAUAUUAUAAACAUAGCGGCAAUUUGCAAGUGAAUCCCGCACUUAAAGAAUAUUUAAGCAAAUACAAAGGCAUCGAAGAUUUUAGAGUUGUUGAACCUCAAAUAAACGAAGCGAAUGGACGCUCUCAAUUCAGUCAGAGGAAUCGAAGCGCAUCAGAAAGCUGCACCAUCGAAAGGUGCCCAGCUCAUAUGGACGAAAAGAAUAGAAAACACGCAGGAUCAAAUGCAAAUAGACAUAGAGAAAUUGUGCAACCAGGCACUAGUGCACCCGCUGGAUCGAGUGGUCGCCACAUGUCUAGAACCAGGGCACAGUCCUUUGGUUCUGGUCGUACCAAGCAGGUGGUACGCACACGCACAGAGUCCUGGAGACAACGCGACGGCGAACCACCAAUUGUAGCACCUGGCAUGUCAAGAGGCAAAGAGUUCGUAAGCGCAGCUAGUGUGGCAAAAGGAAAACAAGAGUCAUCAAGCACAGCUACUUAGUUAAGACAUACGUGGAAUGCUAUGGUAGUGCCAUUGCCUUAUUAUUAAUACAGAUGAUUAUUGUUUCACUAUUUUUCUAGUAAUAUUCAAUAAUUGUAAAAAUAUACACGUUUUUUUACUCGGACACAUUGUCGACAACUGAAUACUGUGCUAAAUGUGUUAAAUAUUGUUUCUAUUUUUUUUUCUUUGUUUUAUAUUUCUGUUGGGAUUUUUUAAUUGAAUUUACUAUUAUGCUCAUACGAAACAGUUCUGUUGACUAAUAUUAGUUUAUUCUUAAUUUACAUUUUAUGUCGAGUUUAUGUAAUAAGUGCCAAAAUGAGCAGGUGAAAAAUUAAUUAAAAAGGAAAAAUGUACGCCAAGCUGCAACAAGGGAAUGUGUGUGAGCAUGUGUGUAUGUCUGUCUGUUACUUAUUGUACGUUUAUUUUUCACAUUAGUUUAUUAUCUUUAUUUGUUCUCUUACCUUGUAAGUUUCUAACGUUAGGGCCCAUUCGACAAAAUGCAAUACACGAAAGGCAAUCAUAGUAUACAAGAAAAAUUAACAACUUCCUCACGCAGUAUUUUUAAUAUUGACUUUGAUGCAUCUGAAGACACCAAUCAAAUUAAGAAGCAAUAGAAAUUUUGUUCGUUUUGGUCUUAAAACUAUGUUAAGUGAUAAGUAAAAAAAAAAUAAGAAAAGCUAAAAAAUAUUAAAAUAUAGUAUAAUAUGCCUUUUUAUGAGCUCGCUGGAUUCGGGGAAAAUUUAAUAUUAUAUAUA